GUUAUCUGCAAUUCUGCUCUAAUCCGACUGAUAAGGCGUUGCUGCUUUGUUUAAUGCAUGGAGGCUGUUGUUGCCGUUCACAGAACGGGGCUGCGAAUGGCUUGAGCAUGCCUGGCACCUGCCGCUCCAAACAAACUCACUUGCGCUUGCCAAUCAACUACGACGCCGCCAUAACGUCCCCGUGCAUGAGCCUCUGCUUCGCCUCAACGUGACACCAGCUCGGUUGUCUCUCGGCGAAUAACCCGAGCGACCGGCCGCUAGAUUGCAUCAGUGGUGUAUUCCGGUGAUUAAGAAAAACAGACACAAAAAAAGAUGGAGUUCACUUGAGGAUGAAUUGGCGCAAACAGGUGAUUUCGCCCCGCGUGCGGUAAAUGCGCACGGCGCUCCCUCCAGCGCCGUCCACGUCUCCGCAGACUCGGCUGGAGGGUCACUCGAGCUGUUGCUGCCGGCGACGUGUUGUUUUCAAGCAGCAUACGGCCGCUUAACGCCAUCGUUCCCAUCACUCACCCCCAGCUUCAACCCGCUGCAUCACAACAUGCAUCCACUGGUCACUAAGGCGACCGAGCUCAUCGCCCGCGGACCUACAGAACCAGAAUAGCGCCGCUCGGCCCGCCGUGGCCCCACCCUGUCUGAAAGCUGCAGGUCCCAUCUCCUUCCAGCAUGACGGUUGCCACCAGCGACCCCGCGGAUGAGGCGGCAGCGCAUCCGGGCCAGCCUCUGGACCAGUACGACCCGGAGCCCGACCACGAGUGCUGCGAGAGGGUGGUCAUCAACAUCUCCGGGCUGCGCUUCGAGACGCAGCUCAAGACGCUCUCCCAGUUUCCCGAGACGCUGCUGGGUGACCCGAAGAAACGGAUGCGCUAUUUUGACCCUCUCAGGAACGAGUACUUCUUCGAUCGGAACCGGCCCAGCUUUGACGCCAUUCUGUACUACUACCAGUCGGGAGGAAGGCUGCGUCGGCCCGUGAACGUGACCCUGGACAUCUUUUCGGAGGAAAUCCGUUUUUACGAACUGGGCGAGGAGGCGAUGGAGAUCUUCAGGGAGGAUGAAGGCUUCAUAAAGGAAGAGGAGCGGCCGCUGCCGGAGAACGAAUUUCAGAGACAAGUGUGGCUGCUGUUCGAGUAUCCAGAGAGCUCAGGUCCCGCUCGCAUCAUUGCCAUCAUCUCCGUCAUGGUGAUUCUCAUCUCCAUCGUCAGCUUCUGUCUAGAAACACUGCCAAACUUCCGAAAUGAAGACGAGAUACACAAUAACCGAUUCCAGAGCCUGUCCAACACCACCUCUAUCUACAGCACCUCCCCAUACUUCACUGACCCUUUCUUCAUCGUCGAGACCCUCUGCAUCAUCUGGUUCUCCUUUGAGUUCCUUGUCCGCUUCUUUGCCUGUCCCAGCAAAGCCGGGUUCUUCGGCAACAUCAUGAACAUCAUUGACAUUGUGGCCAUCAUCCCCUACUUCAUCACCCUGGGCACGGAGCUGGCGGAGCGGCCGGAGGACAGCCAGGCGGGCCAGCAGGCCAUGUCCCUGGCCAUUCUCCGCGUGAUCCGCCUGGUCCGGGUGUUCCGCAUCUUCAAGCUCUCGCGCCACUCCAAGGGGCUGCAGAUCCUGGGGCAGACUCUCAAGGCCAGCAUGCGCGAGCUGGGCCUGCUCAUCUUCUUCCUCUUCAUCGGAGUCAUCCUCUUCUCCAGCGCCGUCUACUUCGCCGAGGCGGACGAGCCGCAGUCCCAGUUCAGCAGCAUCCCCGAGGCCUUCUGGUGGGCCGUGGUCUCCAUGACGACCGUGGGCUACGGCGACAUGGUCCCGACGACCAUCGGCGGGAAGAUCGUGGGGUCGCUCUGCGCCAUCGCCGGCGUGCUGACCAUCGCGCUGCCCGUGCCCGUCAUCGUGUCCAACUUCAACUACUUCUACCACCGGGAGACGGAGGGCGAGGAGCAGGCGCAGUACCUGAACAUCCCCAGCGUGCCCAAAGCCAGCUCCGCCGACGACCUGAAGAAGAGCGGCCGGAGCGGCAGCGGCUCCACGCUCAGUAAAUCGGACUACGUGGAGAUCCAGGAGGCUGUGAACCACAGCACGGAGGACUUCAGACCGGAGGCCAUGAAGACAGGAAACUGCACUCUGGCCAACACCAAUUACGUAAACAUCACUAAGAUGCGCACAGACGUAUAAUGUGAUCUGAUUCAGAAGGUGAACUUCAGCUGGGGUCCACAGGGACUGUAACUGGAGGCUGAAGGCGUAGCCCCACGUACUGGGCCGAGUGUGGAGCCCCGUGUGGGCGUCCAGAGCAGAGUAGGAGAGAAAAGGUCAGUAGACCGGACCUCAUGUUCUCCAUCCUUCUGAAGCUAUCAGUACAUAUCAUCUACCUGCCACUUGUCUUAUUUAGGGCAUCGUCAGUGUCUGCAUGGAGUUAGUCUUAACUAUUUGCCAAUAGUCAUCCUGCUCGCAACUGUAGCCAACUAGUAGCUUAAAGAUGAAUAAUCAGUAUUAAGGGACCAUAACUUUCUACCUUCUUGCUCAAGCUGCCAUGAAGAGAAGAUGCACGAUAACAAUAGUGUAGAUGUGUAUAACCAUUGUGUUAAAGGCGACUAACUUACUAAGUGUACUAUCAUCACCCACCACUAACUUUAUCCCCCUGCUCCCACUGCCACGUCCUGACUAUGAAACCCUGGAUCAGCUGUUCUGGGCACCGUGAGGACGCGUUGUUGGAUGCUUUCUCAGAGGGAGCUGGAGUUCCUCCCGCGGCUCCUCACGUCUCCACUAGACCCUCUUUCUCCUGACGUUUUCCUCCCUCGGCGAAGCCAAGUGGACCUAUUGUAUAUACGGGGGUCUUCGUAGCCCGCGCAGGCUAACGGGUGGACGCUGGGCGCGCGGCUCUUUGACUCACACCAUGAACAUGUACUUUCACGCCACAGCUGAACGCCCACCUACUGUAGAAAGAAAGAGCAACGGCAGUUUCUUUCUGAGCGAGUGCCUACUUCUUCACACUGUCGCCCCAGUUCACGGUAACAGAUGUUGUACUGUUGUACAGUGAGUAUUGUUUAGUCCGACAUCACUGCCCAGCGUACGCGGUACUGCUCUUGACUUCAUAGCAUUCCAUGUUUGUAGAAGCCCUACAGAAUGAAUGACGCUCAUGGAAAACACAGAUCGAAGCUCGUGGCUGCGAAGAUAGCGAUCAUUAAUUAUCCCUAAAGAUUUUAAAAUGACAACAACAAACACGUCAGCGUCAGUCAGUUUUGCUGAUGAGAACGCAAGGAGCGGUGGUCGAGUUUAGGUAGAUAUCAUAUAGAUAUUAUACAUAAGCUCAUUAGCAACAGGCCCUCAUAGAUUUCUAGCCUUAAGCAAUAGCUUCGUCCGUUGAAACCAACAACCUGGUUAUUCCACGGUUCAAAGUUCGGCCGUUGUGCGUUGCCAGUUCUGCCAUCAGGUCACCAAAGACUCGACCCACGCAGUCGGAACAUUCAGGCCGUUGGUGCGUUUGGUCACGGAGCCGUCUGCUACUUCACCAGUUACUCUGCUGUAAUGGAGCUGCAUGUCCUUUGAAGUAUUCAUUGUACUGUAGCAUGCAUUCGUACUAAUAAUACUCAGAAGGCACAUUUAUCCCAGCGCCGUGUGCGACGUAUGAGAGACCAGCGUCCCGUCGCGGACGCGCGUCGUGCCUUGCGUACGCAUCUUCCUGCCAUCCGUGCAACGGAACACGAGACUAACUUUAGAACUAACAGUGUAGUAAGAUGAGAGUCACACUGACCCCAGAGCAGAGGCCGGAGUCCAGACGGUCCGGACUGUAUGUUCAAGGCAAAGCACAGCGACAGAGCAGCCCAGUGGACGCAGAGAUCCAGACACGGGCCGAGUCCGAUUGUUUGCUCAGUCAAGUGUAUCAUGCAGCUCCCAGGGAGCGUCUGAGUGCCCUUAUCUCUGAUAUAUAGGUCCAUCACACUCAGCAUGUAUACAGUAGCUGCGUGUGUGUGUGAGAGGGAGAGAGAGAUGAAGCGAAGGGAUUGUGAAAGGGAUAAAAGCUCUCAGACGUACACAGGAUGAGUGUGUAGCUUUCAGAGACAACGCGGUAGCAGUUAUGUGAAUCACUGCCCCCUCGAAGGACCGGCCGCAUCCUCACACUUUACAGCCCGUGUUUGCGUUCACGGAACACUGUAGUGUAAUGAAACCUGAAUAGAUAGAAGACUGGAUGGGAUUCCAUAAUACAGCAGCAUGUGAGAUGAGCUGCAGCGUCGGCUCAGGCCCGUUCCUGCAGCGGACGACAGGAGCAGCAGGAAGGUGUGAUAAUGGAAGUAGGAGGAACGGCGGUUCACUGGAAUACGUGCGUUUCCACGCAGCGCAUCAAUGACGCGGCGCUGUCUGAGACGACAGAGACGCCAUGAGCCGGCGUCACCGCGCAGACGCCAGAACAGACCCGUGGCACGAUCAGAACCGAGCUCCCGCCGCCGCCGCCGCGUCCACACUGCGUCACCCGUAACCGCCGCUUUCCGUGACGUCCGUCAUAAACGCUUGGAGCUUCUGCCGUGUACAGGUUCCUGUGUAUCGGGGAAUCAGCCGUGAGCUCGCGCUGCUAAUCCACUGAAGCCGUGUAGUGUGUGAAUAACCUCUUAGGUGUAGAAGCUCCAGGGACGAAGGAUGCGAGGCAACCACGUCACAAAGGGAAAUAUCAUUUCUACUGUACGAGAACCUUAACUUAUUGGUGUCAUCGGACACUGUGGAAUAAUGUGUUGUCUGUUUGUUUCUACCAUGUUUUUCACUAUGAAUGUAUGAAUGACAGGGUUUGACUCACACACGUGAUUCCGUCUCAGAUGUUUGUUUUUCUAUGCUUUCGAAAAGUCUCGGAUCUUUUACGUGUUCUGUUCGUGUGGUGGUCGAUGCUCAGCUAACUGUAACUGUGUAAGUUCUUUUCUACCAGAGGAUGGAAAAGAAGAAUGAUGCAGACUGAACAUUGAAGUAUGAACUGAACUGUGGGUCUGAAUGCUCGCCAGGACUUUAAAUGAAUAUAAAAUAGAGAAUAUAUAUAAAUGCAGAUACUUUCAUCAUUCAAAAAUAAUUGUAUAUUAUAGAACUAUUACGAAUGAUGAUGGUGAUGAGGAUUAUAACAAUAAUAAGACUCUUCUGAUGA